AUGGACCUUGCAGUUCUAAAUUCAGAAUUGUGCUCUCUCAAAAGUGAUUCCAUGGCCGCCGUCAAGGGGGUCAAGAGACGGCGGAGAAAUGCUUCUUCUUCCUCCACAGUUGGUGAUGGUGGAGAUGGUCAACCACACAAGUCAAUGCCAAAUCAAUCCACUGCCACAAAGAGAAGCUCCAAGUUUCGUGGAGUUAGCAGACACCGAUGGACAGGACGAUUUGAAGCUCAUUUAUGGGACAAAGGGUCUUGGAAUCCAACACAAAGGAAGAAAGGGAAACAAGUUUAUUUAGGAGCUUAUGAUGAAGAAGAAUCAGCAGCUAGAGCAUAUGACUUGGCUGCACUUAAGUACUGGGGAACAUCAACUUUCACUAAUUUUCCGAUAUCCGAUUAUGAGAAUGAGAUUAAGAUAAUGAAAACUGUGACAAAAGAGGAAUACUUGGCCUCUUUAAGAAGGAGAAGUAGCGGUUUCUCAAGAGGUGUAUCGAGAUAUCGAGGAGUCGCGAGACACCAUCACAAUGGGAGGUGGGAAGCAAGAAUUGGGAGAGUUUUUGGCAACAAGUAUCUGUACCUUGGAACAUACAGUACACAAGAGGAAGCCGCAAGAGCAUAUGACAUAGCCGCAAUAGAAUACAGAGGCAUAAAUGCAGUGACCAACUUCGAUUUGAACACAUACAUAAGAUGGCUUAAACCUCAAACAAACCCAAAUCAAAAUCCAAAUCCAAAACAACAGCUUUCUCCACCAAUUAUUUCCUCUUUGUUUCCAAUUGAUUAUAACACAGACAAUACCCUAAAAUCUUCGAACAAGGAUCUUCGUUUUCCUAUCUUCCAAUCCAUCAAUAAUGAUCAUGAUAAUGAUGUUAUUAUUCCCACUACCCCACAAACUUCCCCUCGCACAGCCCUUGGCCUCCUCCUAAAAUCCUCCCUUUUCAAACACCUUGUGGAGAAGAACAUUGUGAAUGCUAAUAAUGAAGAAGAGGAUCCUAAAGAUAAUGAAGUUAGAGGGCUACUUGACUUUGUUGAUGAUUCUAAUAAUCCUUACUUCAAUUUGCAUUAUCCAUGUCAAGGAACCACCAAUUUAUCACUAUCUACUACCCCUUUCCAUUUCUCCACUUUGAUUUGA